AUGGGAAUUAUUAAAAAAUGCUUUAACAAAAACUGUGCGCAGCUCAGAUUACAAGAUCCUAGAAUGAAUUUUAGAGAAGUGUUCCAUGAUCUUGAAUCAUUAGCGACUGAACUAGCCGAAAUUCGAGACAAGCUCUGUGAAGAGGAAAUAGAAAAAGCGAAGUUUCUUUGUGAAAAAUGGGAUAUUAAUACAACAAUACGUGUAAGAAGACGCCGCAAAAUGCCCGGAGAAUUGGCUAGAGAUGUUGGUCUUUCCGCAGAAAGUGAAAUUUCUCGCGUUAUGAAAAGCGUUUUUGAUCUUCUCCAACAGGAAAUAUGUACACGAUUUACACGAUUAAGUGACCUUAAUUUCAAAUUUGGAUUUCUACUAGACGUUGAAAAUUUACUGAACAAGGAUAAUGUUGAUAACGACCUUGAAAAAAAUUGUAAAAACUUGGGUGAAUGUUAUAAUACAGAUUUCAAUAGAAUAGAACUCUUAAUUGAAAUAUGUGACUGCAAAAUGUUACUUCGCAGUAGAAAAGAAAUUGAACCUAAAACUCCAUUAGAAUUUCUUACUUUUAUAAUUUCGUAUAGAGAUGUUUUUCCAAACCUGAGAUACUCCUGA